AUGACUAUUGUCUCCGCUAGAGAUGCUCCUGUCCCUGCUGCCAAUUUUACUCAAUCCGGUAUUUUGGGUAAGUCUCUUGCUUUCUAUACAUUGUCUAGGAAUAAUAUUUGGAUAAUUGAUACAGGUGCUUCUGAUCAUAUGAUUAAAGAUUCUUCCCAAUUGUUCAAUCUCUGUAAUUCUUCACAAUCUGUUAUUUCCACUGCCAAUGGGGGUACCUCAAAAAUUACUGGUCAAGGAUCUUUAACCCUUUCUGAUAGCUUAUUUCUAGACUCUGUGUUGGUUGUACCCUCUCUUGAAUACAACUUACUCUCUGACAUCCCCACUCGGACUACACUUGGUUAUGGUGUUAGACGUGGCCAGCUUUACUUCUUAGAGGUCCCUGAUCAUAGCCAUUCUUCUUUGGCUACUACAUGUGCAACAACCGGUCCAGAACAGUCCUGUGCUACCAUUUGGCUUUGGCAUCGAAGACUUGUUGUUCAUUCCGAUGUUUGGGGCCCUGCAAAUGUGCCUUCUUUCUCAAAAGCUUACUAUUAUGUGACUUUUAUUGAUGAAUCUGUUGUGUCUGUUGCCUACCUCAUCAAUCGUACUCCAUCCAGCGCCCUUCACUUUAAAACUCCACAACAGACUCUGGAAUCUUAUUUCUCCAUUCCUCACAUUCCCAACCUUGAGCCUCGUGUUUUUGGGUGCAUGGUGUGUUAUGAUCCCGUUCUCCACAAAAUGCAUGUCACCAUGGACGUGUCUUUUCAAGAAUUGGAACCAUAUUAUUCAGGGAGAGAUUCUGUUACUUCUUCUCAGGGAGAGAUACCUACUACUAGAGAAGAAAUUAUAACUCUUCAACACACUCCUGGACCGGAUGUUACCCCUUCCACGAAUGAUUUUGCUACGCGUCUAACACCUAUAACUGAGGCAUCGUCCCUGGAUGUUCCUGAAUCCAUACCUGAGGAUGCUUUGGAUGAUCCAAAUUGGAAGGAAGCCAUGAAUGUAGAAAUGAAGGCCUUACAAAAAAACUCAACGUGGGACCUGGUUCCUUUACCAACCGGGAAGAAACCAAUUGGAUGCAAAUGGGUGUUUACUGUGAAGCUUAAAGCAGAUGGAAGCCUUGACAGAUAUAAAGCCAGAUUAGUUGCUAAGGGAUAUGCACAAAAAUACGGGGUUGAUUACCAAGAUACAUUUGCACCAGUAGCAAAACUGAACACAAUUUGUAUUAUGAUUUCUAUAACAGCUAACAGGGACUGGCCACUCAAGCAAUUUGAUGUAAAGAAUGCAUUUUUAAAUGGAGACUUAGAAGAAGAAGUAUAUAUGGAAAUUCCACCAGGCACCAAACAUGCCAACUUGAAGGGCAAUGAAUUAUUGGAAAGACAUUUAGCAAAUGAGUUUGAAAUGAAAGAUCUAGGAUCAUUAAAAUUUAUGCACAACCCAAGUGAGGAUCACAUGGCUGCUGUGUAUCGAAUAUUGAGGUAUUUAAAAGGGUGUCCAGGGAAAGGCAAUCUAGUUACUUGGAAGAGUAAGAAGCAGAAGGUUGUGGCUAGAUCGAGUGCAGAAGCAGAGUUUAGAGGAAUGGCACAUGGAGUGUGUGAAUUGUUGUGGAUUAAGAGCAUCCUACAAGACUUAGGAAUCUGCUACAAUCAGCCUAUGGAGUUACAUUGUGAUAAUAAAGCUGCUAUUGAAAUUGCCCAUAAUCCAAUUCAACAUGAUAGAACCAAGCAUGUAGAAGUGGAUAGGCACUUUAUCAAGGAAAAGCUAGAUCAAAAAAUUAUUCAAUUUCCCUACAUUAAAUCUGAAGAUCAGUUAGCUGACAUCUUGACAAAGGCUGUAUCAGGAAAAGUAUUUGAAGAAGCAAUUAACAAGUUGGGCAUGAUUGAUAUCUAUGCACCAACUUGA